UACGUUUAAUAGGUUCUUGCGUGUUCACAUGUAAUGAGUUGAUGGGUGAAAGGUGUUGCUUUAUAAUUUGAAACUGUUUGUUUAAAUUACAGUAUUUUUUAAGAAAACAAAAUGAGAAUUGAAAAGUGUUAUUUCUGCUCCGGACCCGUAUAUCCUGGUCACGGAAUUCAGUUUGUAAGAAACGACAACAAGAUUUUCAGAUUUUGUCGAUCAAAAUGCCACAAAGCAUUUAAAAAGAAGCGUAACCCAAGAAAGGUACGAUGGACCAAGGCUUUUCGAAAAUCAACUGGCAAAGAACUGGCUGUGGAUAAUUCAUUUGAAUUUGAGAAAAGGAGAAAUGUACCUGUGAAGUAUGAUCGUGAAUUAUGGAAGAAGACAAUUAAAGCAAUGGCCCGCGUUGAAGAGAUUAAGAAGAGGAGACAGGACCAACACAUCAUUAACAGACUCAAAAAAGGAAAGGAACUACGGAAGGAGAGAGAUAUCAAGGAAGUCAAGAAAAACAUUCAUAUUAUCAAACCUCCAGCAUCCAAACUCAAGGAUUCAGAGAAACUUGUGCAAGUGGUGGCUGAGGACGAUGUGGAGAUGAAGGAGGAAGCAGAAUGAAUGUAACAGCCAAUUAGUAAACAGAUGGAACAAGAACAUUGAAUAGAAUGGAUGUAUAUAAUAUUUAUCA